AUGAGCAGCACAUUUGUUACAUUGGCUGAAGUACUGGAGGCUCGAGGGGGACCUCUACUGGAGGAGGAGGUCUGGUCCCUGCUGCUGGGCACUGCAGAGUCUUUAGUGGAUGUCUCCUAUAAGGGUCACAACAAUAUGUGUAAUAUCAUAAGCCCCACCUCCUUGCUGCUGUCAGCCACUGGUACCUUAGCAUUUAAGAACUGUGGCCUAUCAGAUGAGGUAUCCACCUUCACUGCUCCAGAGAUGCUGCAGGGCCGUGCCAGCUCAACCAAACCUGCCAUAGAGAGGAUGCUGGUGUAUUCACUGGGUAUGACUCUCUACUGGUCAGUUGAUUUUCACCUACCUCAAAAUCAGCCAGUCCAGUUGAGUGACCAUCUAAACAGCCUCCUCCUCAGCAUGUGUGAGGACCUGGCCCACCGCAGGGUAAAUCUCAACUCCAUCCUGGAAGCCUGCGAAUCUCAGCAUAAAGCCUCCAUCCUGCCGCCCCCCGCCAAAGUCAUCAGACAGCUGGUGGAGGAGGUUUUUCAUGAAUCAAUGGACCAUGGCUCUCUGCCGGACAGUAACGUCCCUUUGAGCGGCAGGAGCCAGAUGAUCAGAGAGAGACUUCAUGGAAAGAGAGGGCCAUUUUCAGACUUCAGCGACGGGAGUGCCGAAGGGAGAAGAUACUCAACGGACUCUGACUCAAAGUCAGGGAGUUUACCUCAGAGACCUUGGAGGCAAAGACCAAGGAGCUCUCCCACACCGUUGUACCAGUCCUCUUUAGACAGACUCCCUCGUGGGGUUCGUCACAGGGACAGCAACUGCAGUUGGCUUGGAAGGAGCCCCCAUCACGACAUCUCUCCAAAAACAUCAGGCAGAUCUCACAGUCCUUCCAUCACCUUCAGCGAGUCCUCGCUCAGCCUGAGCCAGAGGAAAGCUAAGGCUUUGGGUCCUGAGUUCGUCAGAAUGCCAGAUGAACCACAUAUCGUUCUCGAGCUUCCAGGAUCUAUUGUGUCCAGAAAGGGACGCUCCUGCUCGUCUCAGAGAGAAGUGACUGUGGUGCUGCCUAACGGACAGUAUGUGGUGGUUCGCUGUGACAUUAAGUCCAAAGCUAGGGAUGUGUUUGACAUGGUGGUGGCUCAUGCAAACCUGGUGGAGCACUUCUACUUUGGUCUUGCCUUCCUUGAUGAUGAUGAAUAUUUCUUUCUGGAACAUGAAACAAAAAUCUCCAAAGUUGCGCCUGACAGUUGGAAAAAAGGGCAGACAUUGUCCUUUUUGGUGUUUCUGCGAGUCAAAUAUUUUGUUGAUGAUAUCGCCUUCAUUUUGCACAGACUGACUCGUCACCAGUACUACUUACAGCUGCGGAAGGAUAUCUUGGAGGACAGGCUUUACUGUAACGAGGAGACGGGCUUGUUUCUGGUUGCCCUUGCUCUGCAGGCUGAGUUUGGGGAUUACAUGCCAGAGUUGUAUGGCAAGAAUUAUUACCAGCCAGAGCAUUAUGUGUCCAAGAGGAUGCUGGAGAAGCUGGCCUUGCCCACUGUCAAGGAAGAGCUGCCAAGACUACAUGCAAGUCAUGCCCAGAUGCUCCCUGAAGAGGCAGAAACAGAGUACCUGAAGAUUGCCCAGCAGUUGCCGGAGUAUGGGGUUAUGUUCCACCGUGUGGGGCGAGAGAAAAGGCCGGUGGUGGGAGAGUUGGUUUUGGGAGUCUGUGCCAAAGGAAUCAUUGUGUAUGAGAUGAAAAACCACCUCCGAACUGUCACCCGACGCUUCCUCUGGAGGGAAACGGACUCCAUAUCCACUGGGCGGCGUAAACUGAUUAUAGAGUGUGGUGGACCCAGCGGGAAAAAGCACAGUUUUGUAACAGAAAGCUCAAAAAUAGCACAGUACCUGCUGAACCUCUGCUCAGCACAGCACAAGUUUCAUAGCGAGAUGACAUCACGGCAACUCAACCACACCGUGAUACCAGAUGAAAACAUGGAUAAGUACAUGUCUGUCUACCGGGGUCGUCACCUCAACCUGAAGCGGAUGUCCUGCUCGGAGGGCAUGUUGAACCACGUGGGUCUGACACCCGGUCAGCCAGACGCCCUGUCCAAGUCCUGUGACGACCUGACUGCCAAGCUGGAGGCGCGGCUACGCCAGCAGAGGGAGAUGAGGAGGGAGAUGAGCAGAGAGCUGAACAAGGAGCUGCCCGAAACAGGAGACUUCAGGGACAUGAAAGAGCGACAGUGUUGGAGCACUCCAGAGCCGAUUCCCAGAAUGAUGUCCAGUGUCUCACUACAGAAGCAGGACUCUGACACGUCUUCCUCCAUACGAGUUGAUACACCAACCAGAACCCCACCUGAGAGAGAGAUAGUCUGUGUGAACCUGAAGAAAGAUCACAAACUGGGCUUUGGCUUUGUGAUAGUGGGCGAGGACAAUACAGGUAAACUUGACCUUGGGAUCUUCAUUGCUUCCGUUGUGCCUGAUGGGCCUGCAGACAAAGAUGGACGAAUCAAACCCGGUGGACGUCUUAUCUCCCUGAACAAGACUAGUUUGGAAGGAGUGACGUUCAGUGAUGCUGCUGCCAUCUUACAAAACAGCCCCGAGGAGGUGGAGCUGAUUGUGUCCCAGCCAAAACAGUCUCUGAAGGACAGCAAGAGUUCCUUGAGUCAAAGUACUCUCGGUCUGGCGUUGGAGAGGGGCUUUGGGUCACAGACCACACUGAGUGGCACUGAGUACCGUCCUGCCAUGGAGGAACUGGAGGAGGCCAUCACUCUGUCCAGCAUGGCAACCCCAAAACAGGGCAAGAGGCUUCACAUUCCUGUGGUGCGAAUACAUGACGCCCAGGAUGCGUGUUCCAGGUCCCCGUCUAUCUUAAGUUUGAAAACUGAGGAGCGCUUUAUAAUGGAGCUGAAGAAAAGCAAUGGUAGCCUUGGCAUCAGUGUUGCUGGAGGAAAAAACACCAAUGUGCGAUAUGGAGGCAUCUACAUCAAGAGUCUGGUGCCCGGAGGUGCUGCAGAGCAGGAUGGGCGCAUUCAGAUUGGUGACAGACUGCUGGAGGUUGAUGGGUCUAACCUGAGGGGCGUGACUCACCAUCAAGCUGUCGAGUGCCUGAAGAGGACCGGGGAGGUGGUGACCCUGCUGUUGGAAAGGGAGCCCACAGUAAUACUGGAGCCCAGACCUGACUCACCCUGCCCCCCUUUGGCCCACAGUUCAUCACAUACACAGCCCCCCAGGACUGAAGUCUCCAUGGAAACGACCUUGAGUGGUCGAGCCAAGGACUACAGCUUUGUGACUGAUGAAAACACACAUGAGGUGGUGCUGAGGAAGAGUUUGUCUGGCCUCGGCUUCAGCUUUAACAUCUCGCAGCUGCACUCGGGGCCAGACCGUGGCAGUGUGGUCCGCAUCAAACGUCUCUUCCCGGGGCAGCCAGCGCUAGAGAGUGGCCUCCUGCGAGAGGGAGACAUCAUUCUGUCUGUCAACAAAGAGCCUCUCAAGGAUCUCUCUUACCAGAGGGUUCUGUUCCUGCUGCGUGGCGCUCCAUCUGAAGUUCAUCUGCUGAUCUGCCGACCAGGUCCUGGAGUACCGUAUGAUGUAGAUGACAACACGCUGAGUCCCGCACUCUUCCGUGAGGUUCGAUCACGCUCCCUGGACAUCCGACUAGGAGAGGACUACAGCCAGCUCCUUAAGUUUCAAUAUGAUGUCAAAAUACCUGCCCAGAAGCAGGCCCCCACCCAGGAGGAUGAUGUGACCAACACAGCAGAAAAAAGCCCGGACGCUCCUGCAGCUCCAGCGCUCUCAGAGACCGAGGAUAGUCUGGACAGUGAAGUGCAGGUCAACCAGCCUCCCCCAUCUCCUCCUCGCUCACCACCGUCGCCCACCUCACCUACAUCACCUCCAUCACCAGUCUCGCCGGCCUCACCUGUUUCCCCAGCAUCACCUACCUCACCUGCCUCACAUGGUUCUGGCUCUCCACCGGCUCCAUCGGAGUCACAACCAACUGCUGGGAAACUGGAGGAACAACAGGAACUGGAAGCAAAGGAGAAGAACAAGGACGGGGAAGACGAGGUCGCUACGACAACAAGCUCAACUGUGAUGCUUAUGGAUGUCUGUCCAAAGACUGCUUCGAACUGUGUGUAUGCCAGUGGAGUCAGAGAGGAGGCAGAUGGAAGUGUGACCUACUGCCUGAUGGGUAAUGGACUGACCAUCAUGGCAGAUGAAGAGUACCUGACCAUUAGCUCCACACUGGACCCUCCUCACAGCCUUCCCUCCAGUCUGCCCACUCACGCUCCGACAGCCAACCUCACAGCCCUCCGCUCUCAAACCUCCAACGGCUCCUCCAGUUUUGCCUCUCAGAAUCCAAACCUCGGCCCUCACAUCCCCACUACCGCCAUCUCGCCCCUCAACCUCUCAUCCGACACCCCGACCACUUGCGCCCUGGCACACCCAUCUCAGCCUCUCACGACCCAGCCGCCGAAAGCCAAGCACCACCCGAUCCAGCAGGGGCUUCUUCCAAGCCACUACAAAGUCAUCUCCCAGAACGGUAGGCCUAUGCUGCCUCCACCCCAGCCUCCUGCUCCACCGCUGACCCCCAUCACAGCCCAGGUCAUGUCCUCGGUGCCUCACUGUGCCAGCCCACCCGCCCCGACGCUGCCCCCUACAAUCCUGCCGCCUCCUGCCCCCCAGAGCCACAUUCAGCUAAGGGAAGAACCGGAGAAGAAAGAAAGGGAAUAUAAGGAUGAUGAUGAUGAGGAGGAGGAUGAUGAGGAGGAAGAGAGUCGAAGAAAGGGAUUGGUUAAAGAGUUUGAGCUGACAGUGGUUCUGACCAAGUCCAGGAGCGGAAGCUUUGGCUUCACCAUCACUCGAAGCAAGCUGGACAACUGCUACUACAUACAGGAAAUACUGGACAACCCAGCCAAGGCAGAUGGACGACUCAGAGCAGGAGACCGGCUCGUCACAGUGAAUGGGCACGAUGUUACCAGUGUGGCAGAUGAUGUCGCCAUGACGAUUCUCAGGUCAUCUCCUCGUAGGCUGAGUAUGACCCUGGGGAGGGCAGUUACCAACCUGGUGGCCCCCCCUUCCUGUGACAGCCUGCCUGAUAUAGUUCUGUACAAGACAGCUUCAGGACAGCUGGGCAUAAAGCUGACAGGCGGCAUCGGCAGCAAAUGGCAGGGCAUCUACUGUCUGGAGGUGGUGCCAGGCUCCCCAGCCAGUGAGGAGGGCAGCGUCCAACCCAGUGACAAGAUCCUCUACAUCUGUGGCAGGUGCACACUGGGAAUGACCCUGGAGGAUGCGGUUAAGGCCUGUGAGAUCGCACCUCGUAAAGUUAAACUUAAAAUCCUCAGAGAAGACCAGCCAGUGACCCCCAAGGCUAAGUGGAACGGCCUGUUCGACUGGAAAAAGGACAGGAAGUUCUUUGCUCGUUUUGAAGAGCCUGUCUCUCCAGAGAAAGACUCUCCGACCGAAGAGAUCGAAGCUGUGUGUAGGACUGCUGGAAAUUUCAGAUGCCUCUCUCUCACCCAGGAACACGAUAGUUGUAUCAUGCAAGUGGAGUUCACGAAACCAGAGGGAGGAGGCCUUGGCUUUGCUUUGGUUGGGGGGACCAAUGGCAGCAUGCUCAGAGUGAAGGAAAUCUGCUCUGGUGGAGUAGCUGAGCAGGACGGUCGGCUGAGAGUCGGAGAUAUUUUGUUAGAGGUGAACGGUGUGAUCGUGUCCGGGCUGAGCCACAAUAAGGUGGUGGAUAUCCUGCGUAAAGCUGAGGGCACUGUACAGCUCACCAUCUGCAGAGACAUCUUGCCCCUCACCUACUCCGAGUCACCCACACCGCCCAACAUGUCCGCUCAGACCGAAGCUAUUUUAGCCGAGCAGCCGGCCCCUGCGUCCAGCCCAGAUGCCUGUUCCUCACCUGACGUCAUGCACAAUAAGCCAGUUGAGCGCCCCCCUGAGGCGAUGUCAGACCCUGUGGUCAAUGAAGCUGGUGUCUUCCUUACCUCACCACCUCCUCCACCACCCCGACGACUGACUGUUGUGACAGAUGAGACUGCAAUUAAGCAGGAGAGCUGUAACAGCACCCCUUCUCAUCAAGCUUGCUGCCCUUCCCUCAAUGUCACUGACAUGUUGCAUGGAGCUUCUGACAGGAAACAAAUUGUGACCAAACUUUUGGACCAGUCCUGCAAAGACAUCCGGAAAACCCAGUCAGAUGGCUGGAGCAGUGAAGAAGAAGAUGAUGAUGUAUUUGACACCACCGCUCUGGAAAUGACCUCACCCCAAACAGGCCCACCCAUAGUUUCAGAGGAGGAACUGGCCAGUUUAGCUCUCAUUAGCCCAGCGAAGUCCAGCCAGUAUUCAGGCUCCAGGGUCAAAGCUCUCAUCCAGAUUCUGCAGCAUCAACUGGACCAGCAGGAACUGGUCAAAGAGUUCAUGGCUCUGGAGCAUCUGAAGCCCUCCGACAACUGUCUGGUGGGAAAAGCCCCCGAGAACAGAGAUAAGAACCGCUACAGAGACAUCCUACCUUAUGACAAAACCCGUGUUGCCAUUGGAGACAGCCAGGACUACAUCAACGCCAGCUACAUCCGCAUGCAAGUUGGCGAUGAAGAGUUCUUCUACAUCUCCUGCCAGGGCCCUCUGCCUUCCACAGUGCCGGCUUUCUGGCAGAUGAUCUGGGAGAGCAAAUCUGACGUCAUUGCCAUGAUGACCCAGGAAGUAGAACGGGGAAGGGUGAAAUGUCACAAGUACUGGCCAGAGAGGCUGGGCGUGCCUCUGGACACCGGCAGGUACCAGCUUCACCUGGACAACCAGCAGUACCUGGAGUACUUCCACAUCAAGGUCAUCCGCAUGGUGGAGACAGAGACUGGCGAGACCCAUUUUGUCCGCCACCUGAAGUUCACCCACUGGCCUGACCACGGCGUGCCACACAGCUCCGAGCAGCUGGUUCGCUUCAUCCGCUACCUGAGGGCGCUGCACCAAAAGGGACCAGUCACCGUGCACUGCAGCGCCGGCGUCGGGCGCACAGGAGUUCUCAUCUGCACUGACGUUAUCCUCAGCCUCAUUGAGAGCGAUUUGCCUAUUAAUGUGAGCAACACUGUAAAAGAGAUGAGACUUCAGCGGCAUGGGAUGAUUCAAACCAAGGAACAGUAUCUCUUCUGCUACAAAGUCUGGUUGGAGGUUUUACAGGGCAUUUUACAGCUUCACGGCAACCAAUGGCAACCAGAAAGUCCCCGAGACCACAAAGUAGUCUGA